UCGAACCUUCACCGCAUACCUCCCAAUACCUCAAGAUGUCCGCCCAAAAUUCCGCGGGAAUUCAGACGCUGCUUGACGCCGAGCGCGAGGCACAGAAGAUUGUUCAGCAAGCCAGAGAAUACCGCACAAAGCGAGUAAAGGACGCACGAAGCGAGGCGCAGAAGGAGAUCGAGGAGUACAAGAAGGAGAAGGAGACAGAGUACCAGAAGUUCGAGAAGGAGCACAGCUCCGGCAACAAGAAGGCUGAGGAUGAUGCAAGGAAGGACACAGACGCCAAGGUUAAGGAGGUCGAGGACCUGGGCAGUAAGUCAGGCAGCAAGGUCGUCGAGCAACUGAUCAACGCCGUCACGAACGCCGACCCCAAGCCACCGCGCAAGGAUUAAGCAACACCAUCACGUACGCCAAACGAGCACCUCACCUGCGCUAACUGCAAUGACGUUACGUCGCGGAUGGUCUAGGCGGUAUGCCUGGAGUAAGGCGAAAUGUCCUGUACAUGUCCAUCGAUCUUCUUGCUGAAAACGGUGGUUUCGAAGACCAAGCAAUAGACGUCCCAGUUUCAAGCGAGCUUUCUUCUCAUCAAACGAGUCAAUGAGUAGCCCGCCUUUUCGCAGUGUCAUAAUUUUGUGUCUAUGCCUUGCAUCACUCCCUACAUCUACAUCUACACCUGAAGAUCAACACAAGACAAUGAAUGGACUGCGC